CAAACACAAGUCAUGCUAACAUCACCAGGGCAGGCAAGGAAAGACAAGUCAAUAAUCGUCUAGACAAUAGCAACACUGGAACAUUUCCGAGACUUGUUUCCUUUCAGCGUCUAUUUCCUUGUCUCAUUACAGAGUCUAUUUUUCAAACUCAAGAAAUAUCAACAGCCAUGGGCAAGAAUAGGACUACCAGCUCUGGUCUUCAUCCACACUGUGGAAAAUGUCAUAACCAGCACUGCAAGGUUCCCGUAGACAUCCCCACAUCAUGCAUUUUCAUUUCCUGCCACCUGAAAUGUGGAGCCGCUUUCCACCUUUGUAAAGAGGAUGAGCAUCGUCUUCUCUGCCCUAAGGAAAUUGUACCCUGCCUUAACUCUGGUUAUGGCUGUCCCAUGACCAUGACUCGUCAAAGACUUGCCCAGCACCUAGAAGUGUGUCCUGCCAGUGUCAUCACAUGUACACUGGAAUGGAACCGAUGGCCUGUGAACGAGACUGAUACCACCUUCUACAAGAACGCCCUCCAGGAUCCGAACUGCAUGAGUCAGUUGGACCUUGCUAUGGCCCUUAGGGAUCAGAAGCUUCUGUUUAGCUCAAUUCAGAUGAAGACACUCUUCCCUGAGUUGAUAGAGAAGAUGGAAGAACCUGAAGUUCCACUGGAUGGUGCUGUAGGAGGUGUUGAUCCAGAGCGCUGCGAGUCUCAGAACUUAAACCCGGAAGAGAUGCUGGAGAUUAGUCUUAAUGGGGAAGAGGUACAAGAACUAACCCAAGAAGAAAGAUUGGCCCUGGCUAAGAGUAAAGAUGUGGCCUGCUUGGAGAACUACGGGAUGUGGGAGAGAAUGUUUGCGAAGGAGAAGGAAGGAUGCAAACAAACUGUGAAGAAUUUAGAAGAUAAAAGUUGUCAGACUAAGGACAAGGAAGACCCAAGAGUGACUCCUCAGAAUUCAAAUGAGAUUGCCAGGACAGGUUUAGCCCCUUGGCAAGAUGGUGUUCUUGAUAGACUACGUAAAGAGGUUAACGUGGCAGAGUAUAAUAUGUAUCUGGUGCACAAUGGAUGUAUGCUUAUCAACUUUGGCCAGCUAGCUGCUUGCACACCUAAAGAUAAAGAUUUUGUUUAUGGAAAUUUAGAGCCUAUUGAAGUUCAAACCAUACACUCUUUCAAUGUGCCGAUCAGCUUCAGAGCCAAGCGUAGCCACCUCAAGGAUCCAUCACAAAUGGUUAAGAAGACAGACCAAAAUGUGGACACAUCUGAUUUAGGCAUUGCCAUUGAAGAGCUCCCAAAGGCGAAUGAGGUAGAGACCACACUGCUGUGCUGUCUAGAAAGAGAACUGAAAGGUCAUCAGAUUUGUGAGACUAUUGGAACCGAUGGGUUGUAUGUUGACUUUGGCACCCAGACCUGUGACUUCCAUUCUGCUCCAUUCAAAAGUGAUGCAUCUUUGGCCGAUGUUGUCGCGGACCAGCCUCAAAACCUACAUUUGCAGAUUCAGACCGAAUGUGUGACUAGGAGACACAAUAAAUCCUGCUCAGCCUUUACUUACCUGUGCUGUCAUGCCUUCAGGCGUGAUGAAUACCCCUGGCACUUUAGGAACGCGCAUGGAGACAUCCAGUCAUGUCUUACUGGCUGGUUUUUACAGCGGUGCCCGCUGGCUUACCUUGGUUGCACCUUUAGCCAGAAGCAAUUUCGACCAUCUAAAUAUCGGGCUACCAUAAGCUAUGAUACAGAUCUUAGCACUUUCAUCUUACAACCAAAUGUGGCAGCGUCACUCUACAAAGGAGUAAAAACCGUUAGCAGUGAACGUAAACGAGCAAGGAAUCUAGAUUCUCUGAGCAGAUUUCCUUUUGAGAUCUUACAACACAUAGUGAGUUUUCUGGAUAGUGUGUCUUUGGGUCGUCUAUCUCAGGUUUCCCAGCUAAUGAGGGAAGUGUGCAGCACUGUUCUUCAGCAGAAGGGCAUGGUGUCCCUCAAAUGGGAGAAAAAUACAUAUUCUCAUGGUGGAUUUACCUGGAGGGCCCGAAAAAAGGCAUGGGAGUUUAGCAGUCUGUUCUCUCCAGUGGAUAAAUGGGUCUUUGAAGACAUGCCCCCCAUGGCAGAGCACCUGAAGGUCUGUCCUUUCUACCAGAAAGAGAUCAGAAGUGAACCUGUGGCGUUACCCAGCAUGACAGAUCUCCAGGAGAGAAGAGGAGAGUUCCAGACUCUAGUCAAUAGUGUCUUCACUACUGACAAGACACAUGGAGAAUAAGAGACAAGCUUGUAGCACAAGCUGUGGACAUAUCAAAUAAAAGCAUGCUGCAAGCAAUAACCAUCAGAUAUCUUCUAGAUUAAUUUAUGCUUUAGUCAGUGUCAGCUUUGAAUGGAUUUUCUUUUUUGGGAAAACUGUCCUAACUUUUGACAGACCUUUGCUGACCUCUAGUGGCUGAAAAAUACACUGUUAUAUA